AUGACGCAUCUUAUUAUAAAUGGUUCCAGUGCAUCAAAGCUCAGCCUUAACAAUAUCUUGGAAAUUGGGCACCAGAGUAUCAAUGAGGCUGAUCCUGUGACUGUGGAAGAUCUUGUAUGGGUCUUCCUGAGGAGACUUAUGGCCCUAAACAAAGAAGCAAGGAAUACUCAGUAUACGGGGAGCAGUGAAAAUAUUCCAAAUCAGGAUACCUUUGAAGAGUUUGAUUUUUAUAAUGAUGAUGAGAAGGCUUUUAAUCCUACCGAGUCUAUGCAUCCACUUGAUGUCUUAUGUGCUGUCCUACACAAAUCUAAUCCAGUUUUACAGCAGGAGAUUACAUCAAAAAUGUCCAUGUGUCAGUUUGCCAUCCCACUAUUGCUCCCUGCUGGUGAUGGUCCAGGCUGCACCUUCAUGCUCUGGGCAUUGAGAGAUAUUGUAAAGAGAUGGAGACCUCAUUCAUUAGCAGAGAGCAAAGGGUUUAAAGAGGACAGUGUGGUGAACAUAUCCAUGCCUAUAUUUUCCUUUGUGAGACUGGGUCAAAACAAAAUGUCCAAAUCUAAAAUCCUCAAUCAAGUGCUUAGCCCACCUCAGCAAGGUCACAGCUUCUUCAUACAUGAUAAUAUGGAGCGUGGAAACAUUAAAAAGAUGGUUUCCAAUGGGUUAGUGGAAAUAUCAUGGUAUUUCCCUAUAGGAAAAGAAACCUAUGACAUUUUCCCUGAACCCACUGGGGUUACAAAUCUUCGUGGUAACUUAGAGUCUAAUUGGGUCCAGUUUCAGUUCCAAAUGCAAGUCUCAUCUGCAGUGUUUAUAUUUGCCGAGAAUAUGUCUGAAAAUGAUUAUAGAUUAUUGUCCAGUUGCAAACAUUUUGAGACUACUGUUUGUUUCAUUAUUAAUCCAAGUGCUGAUAAAAGUCUAAAUAAGGAGUCCUUGGGUUUUCUCAAACGUCUGGCUCAUGAGCUUAAUAUUAAUCCAACACAUAUAAUAAGCAAGGAAAGGAUCAAUGAGACACAAGUUGUCAAAAGAUUGCAAAAAACCAUGAGUCAUCUUAUAAAAAAUUCUUGUAAGAGAGUUAAACUCAACGACAUUUCGGAUGAAGCUAAAAAGCUUGGAAUCCAUGUAGAUGAGGGUUCUAAAGAAUUUCAAAUAUCAAAAGAAAUGGCCGUGGAGAUCACAAAAGAGAUUGGUGAUGUGGUUGAGUAUAAGAGAGAGAACAUGAAGCUACAAGGACAGCUCUGGAAAGAACUAUCCCAGUUAGAGAAGGAAUUUUGUAGAAUGAAAAAACUAGGGCAUCAGAAUGCUGAAGACUAUAGGUGCCAGCUGAAACAAAGGCGGUCAGAGCUACAUCAGGAACAGCACAAACAUGACCUUCCUGAUGGUAUGAAUAAGUUUAUAUCUGCAAUGACUCAAUUAACUCACACUGACAGGGUAUAUUUUUUAAAAUGGAUGAAAUUUACCCUUGAUUCCAUAUCUAGAGAUGUUUUGUCAACCUUGCAUUCAAAAUACAGUCAGAUUUAUAGUGAAGGAAAAAGCAACCUCACAGGGCUGAAAAAGAUAGACACUUUGAUGUGUAACAGUUCUUUGGGGCUUGAACACUUCCUACGUGAGCUGGGACAGUUUUAUGAAUCAGAAUGUUCACUCAUCAGAGAUAAGCUUAUUAAUGUAAACCAGAGGAAGUUUAGCAGACUCCCUGAAAUAGCUGCUAAGCUUCUGCUGGAUGGGUUCCCAUUAGAGCUGAUAGAUGGAGAUGCCUCCAACAUCCCCAUACAGUGGAUAACUGACAUUUUGACUGAACUGGACACCAUGACAGGAAAGGGAUGCAAAUUGAGAGUAAUCUCUGUACUGGGAGUACAGAGCACAGGGAAGUCCACCCUCCUGAACACCAUGUUUGGCUUGCAGUUCCCUGUGGCCAGUGGACGCUGCACACGAGGAGCCUUCAUGACACUGAUUAAAGUGAAACAAGACUUCAGAGAGGAAUUGGGCUGUGACUUUAUUUUAGUAAUUGACACUGAAGGUCUGAAGGCUCCAGAAAGGGGAUCUCUGGAUAACAGCUAUGAACAUGACAAUGAGCUGGCAACUGUAGUGGUUGGGCUAAGUGAUAUCACAAUAAUCAAUAUGGCCAUGGAGAAUAUAGUCGAAAUGAGUGAUACUUUGCAAAUUGUCGCUCAUGCCUUCCUUAGAAUGAAUGAAAUUGGGAAAAAGCCGAUCUGUCAGUUUGUUCAUCACAACUGCAGUGAGGUAUCCGCUCAUGAGAUGACCAUAAGAGAUAGAGUGAAAAUGGUGGAGCAGCUGAAUGAAAUGACUAAAGUGGCAGCAAAGAUGGAAAAAAAGAGUGGUAUCACUGCCUUUAGUGAUAUAAUGACCUAUAAUCAUGAGAAAGACAAUUGGUACAUUCCUGGGCUCUGGUAUGGUGUCCCACCCAUGGCUUCUGUAAACACAGGAUACAGCGAAAAUGUUUAUUCAUUAAAAAAACAUUUGUUUAACCUGAUGGCACAACAUAAAGAUAUUCAGAACUCUCAAAGUAUCAAUGAACUUAUAAUAUGGAUAAAAAGCUUGUGGAAUGCAGUGAAACAUGAAAAAUUCAUCUUUGCCUUCAAGAAUAGUCUAGUGGCAGAAGCAUAUGAUAAGCUUGCUGUAAAAUACUCAGAGUGGGAAUGGAACUUCCGCAAGAAGAUUCAUACCUGGAUCACGAAUGUGGAAAUGAAAAUCAAGAAUGAGGCAGCUGAUGAAAUACAUCCAGACAUUGAUGUGACAUUAAAGAAUGAAGUACUUGACAUUUUCCAGAAAGAAGAAUUAAAAAUGCUGAAAUUAAUCGAAGAUUAUUAUAAAAGUGCGACUGAGAAUGUCUAUCUGAUUGAACGUUACAGAGAAGAAUUUUUAGUAUGUGUGAAAUGUCUCAGACAGGAGCUUAGCGAUUCAGCAUCAAAUAAAAUCGAAGAGAUUAUUCGCAGGAAAAAUUCAAAUGAUCAGUUCCAAGCUGUCCAGAGUAAAUACCAAAAGGUUAUUGAAGAUAAAGUGAGCAACCUUGUAGAAAAGUGCAGACAGAACAAAAAUAUUGUCAACAGGGAAGCAAAUGAAAAAAUGUUUGAGACUCUGUGGUCAAAAGCAAUCUCAGAAUUGCCAAAGUGUCACAUUGACAAACUCAACAUCAGUCAAGAGAUGCUAGGACAUCUUACUAAGGACAUGGAGAAUAAAGGAGCUGUUAUAAAUGAGAAGUUACUUAAUAUAAAAAAUUUAACUGAGUAUGGAAAACAAACGUUCCAGAUGGACAAGAAUUACAUCGCUUUCAACCGGAAUCCACUGGUUACGUUUCGAGAAUAUUGGACCAAUAAUUCCCAUAACAAAAUAUAUGAGCUGGCUAGAUUUCUAGUAAGAACAUGUAAUGAAUAUGUCACAGAACAAAUUAGCAAGAACACUGGCUAUGACAACAUGUAUAGCCAUGAAUUGCUUAAUAUAAUCAAUAAAAAACUCAGGGAGAAAGAUGUUAUGAAACUGCCCACAACACAUUUGUUUGAUAUGGAAUUAAAACUUCAUAUUUUGGGAAGUGCAGCCCUCAGAUUUCAAGAAAUGCAUGACAAGUUUGUACAGGAAAAUGAUCCAAAACGGUGUCUUGAAAAACUGAAACCCUACUACUUGACAAGCCUUAAAAAUAUUUUCUGCCAAGAAAAAGAUGAAACUCAAGGUAAAGCUAAACAGUUCUGCGAGCUGUGUCUGAAGCCAGCUUUGAUGGAGCACAUCGACAAACACAUCGGGAAAGCAAUCAUUGAUGAUAUUUAUUACAGUGGAAAAUUCAAAGAGUUUUCUAGUAGUCGCCAUUUCCAGUUUGCUGUGCUCAAGAAUCUUCUGGAAAAUGAAGACUUUCACCAAUAUCUACACUAUAUUAACAGGUAUGAGAAGUUUGUGAAAUCAUGGAUAACAAAAAAAAUACAGGAAAAAUAUGAAAAGUCCAAAGAACUUGAUACUUUACAAAUAAAGAUUCUCUCUCGUAUUUGCAAGAAAAUCAAAGAGGUUCUCAUUGAACUUAGUUCUGUAGGAUUUCUCACUGCUUCUGACUUUUUACAGGCAUUUUGCAAUAAGCUUAGACACGAUCUGGUCAUUUCACAGAGUAAUAUUCUUGUGACUAUAUUUCAAAUCAAAGAUGAUGUUCAGAUGUUUUCAGAUGGAAUUGAGCUUUAUGUCACUGAGACAGAAAAACAAAUAUCAUCAGAAAUAAAAUCUUCCAGUAAUGAAUCAGUGCUUUCCAGGGCAACACUUAAUCCCAUGAAUGAAGUGUUCAAGUCCGUCUGUGGCUGUUUAAAAUUCUGCCCAUUCUGUAAAGUUCCCUGUGAGGCCUCAGGUAGAGACCAUGAAAAGCACUUUGCAUCUAUUCAUAGACCAAAAGGUUUGGCAAAGGGCACCUGGCAGACAAAUGCCUCCCUUACUACAUCAAUAUGUUCUACUGCUGUUGAUACUGAUCUCCUUUUUGUAAGCCCAGAAACAAACUGGGAACCUCAUCCCUACAAAGAAUAUCAAACAAUCUACCAAGACUGGAUCAUUCAGCCAACAGAUAUCCGGGAAUCAUCUGAAUAUUGGAAAUACAUCUUUAAAGAGUUCAACCGGCAGUUUGCAGCUGCUUAUGUGGCAGAAACAGCUAAACUAGCAGAAGACUGGAAAGAUACAACUGCAGAAGAAGCUCUGAGAAGCCUAGAAGAAGCGUAUUCAAUGACCUAAAAGAAAAAGUUAAUUUGUUAUAUGCACGUAAUAUACAGUACAUCUAGCAGUCUAAUAUUAGGUGCUUCAGUGUUCUCCUACAUAUAGAUGGGAAUGUAUUACUUGUUUUAACCCCUGUUAAAUCUAUUCUUCUUUAUUUUGCUGGACAUAAAGUUGCUGUCUAAAAAUAGCCAAGUAAAACCACUGUUUUUAAUAGUCUUGCCUUUUGUUAAUACCACCUCUAAAACUUACUGUAUGCGUUUGAAGUGUUGUGUAAUGACAAUUCUGCCAUCAGAAUCUGACUCUUUCUAAAAUUAGAAUGAUAGAAAUGUUAUAAGAUGCACUAUGCAGUCACUGGUAAGCAUAC